UGCUGUUAUUGCAGCUAUAGAGAAAUGAAACCAGCUUCAGAGCGUCAGUGUCUUCCACACAUCCCCAUGAAACGGACGUGAAGCUGAAGGAGCUCCUCUUUUCCCCAGUAUCUUCUAGAUCUUGACCGAGAUGGCGACAGAUGAGGAGGUCCUCUUACGAACUUUCAAUCAACUGAGUGCUGAGGACUUUGAAACAUUAAAGUGGUGGCUGGGCAAAGAGGGUAGCCUAAAGGACCUCCCAGCAAUUCCAGCAAGUCAACUGGAGAACGCUAAAAGGACGGACACAGUGGAUCUCAUAAUGCACACCUACAUUCCAGACCAUAUUAAAGUGGCCAAAAACGUUUUAACAAAGAUACACAGGAAUGAUUUAGUGAAGAAUUUAUCAAUCAUCACAUCAGGACCUAUAGAGAAUAUUGCUAAGUGUCAAGUGAUUUGUACACUCAAAUCCAAUCUGAAGAAGAAGUUCCAGUGUGUGUUUGAGGGGAUUGCUAAAGCAGGAAACCCAACACUUCUGAACCAGAUCUACACAGAGCUCUACAUCACAGAGGGAGGGACUGCAGAGGUCAAUGAUGAACAUGAGGUCAGACAGAUUGAAAAAGCAUCCAGAAAACCACACAGACCAGAAAAAACAAUCAGACAAGAAGACAUCUUUAAACCCUCACCUGGAAGAGAUGAACCAAUCAGAACAGUGAUGACAAAGGGAGUGGCUGGCAUUGGGAAAACAGUCUUAACACAGAAGUUCACUCUGGACUGGGCUGAAGACAAAGCCAACCAGGACAUACAGUUCACAUUUCCAUUCACUUUCAGAGAGCUGAAUGUGCUGAGAGAGAAAAAGUACAGCUUGGUGGAACUUGUUCAUCACUUCUUUACUGAAACCAAAGAAGCAGGAAUCUGCAGGUUUGAAGAGUUCCAGGUUGUGUUCAUCUUUGAUGGUCUGGAUGAGUGUCGACUUCCUCUGGACUUCCACAACACUGAGAUCCUGACUGAUGUUACAGAGUCCACCUCAGUGGAUGUGCUGCUGACAAACCUCAUCAGGGGGAAACUGCUUCCCUCUGCUCACCUCUGGAUAACCACACGACCUGCAGCAGCCAAUCAGAUCCCUCCUGAGUUGGUUGACAUGGUGACAGAGGUCAGAGGGUUCACUGACCCACAGAAGGAGGAGUACUUCAGGAAGAGGUUCAGAGAUGAGGAGCAGACCAGAAGAAUCAUCUCCCACAUCAAAACAUCACAAAGCGUCCACAUCAUGUGCCACAUCCCAGUCUUCUGCUGGAUCACUGCUACAGUUCUGGAGGAUGUGUUGAAGACCAGAGAGGGAGGAGAGCUGCCCAAGACCCUGACAGAGAUGUACAUCCACUUCUUGGUGGUUCAGUCCAAAGUGAAGAAGAUCAAGUAUGAUGGAGGAGCUGAGACAGAUCCCCACUGGAGUCCAGAGAGCAGGAAGAUGAUUGAGUCUCUUGGAAAACUGGCUUUUGAGCAGCUGCAGAAAGGCAACCUGAUCUUCUAUGAAUCAGACCUGACAGAGUGUGGCAUCGAUAUCAAAGUAGCCUCAUUGUUCUCAGGAGUGCUCACACAGAUCUUUAAAGAGGAGAGAGGACUCUACCAGGACAAGGUCUUCUGCUUCGUCCAUCUGAGUGUUCAGGAGUUUCUGGCCGCUCUUCAUGUCCAUCUGACAUUCAUCAACUCUGGAGUCAAUCUUCUGGCAGACAAAUCCUCCUGGACUGGACUUUUGAUCUACCUGUUGUCUGCAGUAUUUAGAGAUACAUUAAAACAUCUCUACCAGAGUGCUGUGGACAAGGCCUUACAGAGCCAAAAUGGACACCUGGACUUGUUCUUACGCUUCCUCCUGGGUCUCUCACUGGAGACCAAUCAGGCUCUUCUACAAGGCUUGCUGACACCAACAGAAAGGAUCUCAGAGACCAAUCAGGAAACAGUCCAGUAUAUCAAGAAGAAGAUCAGUGAGAAUCUGUCUCAAGAAAGAACCAUCAAUCUGUUCCACUGUCUGAAUGAACUGAAUGAUCGUUCUCUAGUGGAGGAGAUCCAACAGACCCUGAGUUCAGGACGUCUCUUCACAGAUAAUCUCUCCCCUGCUCAGUGGUCAGCUCUGGUUUUCAUCUUACUGACAUCAGAAAAAGAUCUGGACGUGUUUGACCUGAAGAAAUACUCUGCUUCAGAGGAGGCUCUUCUGAGGCUGCUGCCAGUGGUCAAAGCCUCCAACAAAGCUCUGCUGACUGACUGUAACCUCUCAGUGAGAAGCUGUGAAGCUCUGUCCUCAGUUCUCAGCUCCCCGUCCUCUAGUCUGAGAGAGCUGGACCUGAGUAACAACAACCUGCAAGAUUCAGGAGUGGAGAUGCUGUCUGUUGGACUGAAGAGUCCACACUGUAGAUUGGAAACGCUCAGGCUGUCAGGCUGCCAGGUCACAGAGAAAGGUUGUGCUGCUCUGGCCUCAGCUUUGAGGUACUCUUCCCAUCUGAGAGAGCUGGACCUGAACUACAAUCAUCUAGGAUACUCAGGAAAGAAGACGUUGUCUGCUGGACUGAAGGAUUCAGACGUGAGACUGGACACUCUUAGUAUGGACCACGAUGGAGCACAGAGACUGAAACCUGGCUUGAAGAAGUAUGCCUGUGAACUCUGCCUGAGCCCAAACACAGCAAACAGAUUCCUCAAACUGUCUGAAAACAACAGAAAGGUCACAUGGCUGAGAAAGGAACAAGCAUAUCUUGAUAACACCGAGAGAUUUGACCAUUGGAAGCAGCUGCUGUGCAAGAACAGUCUGACCGGUCGCUGCUACUGGGAAGUUGCGUGGAAAGGACGCGUUCACAUAGCGGUGACUUACAGAGGAAUCAAAAGAAAAGGAGAAGGAUUCGACAGCAGGUUCGGAGGGAACGAUCAGUCCUGGAGUCUGUUCUGUUCCGAAAAACGUUACUCCGUCUGGCACGAUAACAAAGCAACGAACAUCCCUUUCCCGUCCUCUUCCAUCUCUAACAAAGUAGCGGUGUACGUAGACCAACCUGCCGGCACUCUGUCCUUCUACGACGUCUCCUUCGACACACCAAUCCACCUCCACACCUUCAACACCACAUUCACCGAGCUCCCCUGUCCCGCGUUUGGAAUCCUGAAAUGUAGCUCCUUUGUCUCUGUGUCAACUGUCUGAGUGACAAUUUGAGUAUCACUGUUGAUAUUUAGACCCGCUACAAAGAAAUGUGAGAGUAACCCUGAUGCUUUAAAAUCACUAGGAAGAAUAGCACAAAAAGGGCAAGAAAGUUAACGAUAUAUAUUUACAAGAUUCUGGUUAAAAUGUUGACUAAGAAAUCGAAGUGUGGACAUUUUAUUGUGUGCACUGUCCACCAAAAGGUUCUGGGACCUACAAUUAAACCUCUAAUAAUAGCCCCGGCAUUUAUUUGCUUAAACCACUGAACUCACGCUGCCUUUAUUGGAGACAAAACUGUUGCUCAGCCAAUUUGCGACAUCCAGUGUACAGGACAGUGAGCAGUGAAACCCUUACGGACUAAAGGAAUAUAAAUAUGAAUUAUACUUCGGGUGCUCAUAGUUUACUUAAAAUGAACCAAGCGACUGAAAUGUGGAGAAAUCAAAUGAUGUGUACCAUGUCUAUAUAUAACAAAGGUUUAAACAGGUUAUACACACACAGAUAAGUUCAAAAGGAAGACUUGCAUCUAAUUGGGACUCUUUUUAAGUUUUACUGUAUUAUGCUUUUAUUGAGUUUCUGUCCUUUAAUGUUACAAUGUCGGAUAUGAAGGUUAACACGUGUAAAAGUAAGUAAACGAGCAAAAAGCUCAGAAUUCAGAUUUAUUUUAAAUGAGGUCAAGGAAGUGACUUUUAAAACAAUUCAUCACUUUUAUCCCUAUAAAAGUUAUAUUUACAAGGAUAACUAAAAAACACAUUUCUCAUUUUGUCAACUGGCUCCAGAAGAUUAAAGCCAUUUAUUUUGGUCUCGUCCCGAAAAUGGCAAGCAAAAAGUUGACGCUUAGGGAAGUGAUGGGUCUCCUAUUCACUGACUCUGAUUCUGAAGGGGAAAAUGUACCUUUGGGAGAUGACGGCCGGUCGAUUAGUGAGCGUGAUAGUCUCGGUGCGUCUUUGCAAUGGCGCUGCCGGGCAGAGCGAGGGAAACACACAAGCACAAACACACGACCCUUUGCCCAACAUAGGUGGGAGUACUACACAAACUUGUAGUAUCAGUAGGGGAGCUAAUGGAUGUGGUAGAAGUAGCGGGGGUGGUGAGAAUAGUGCUGGGACCAGCGUUAGUGUUCACUCGUUCUACAGCGCCGGUCACAGUGCGUCCAUGCGCGGCAGUGGUGCAGCCAUCCGAUGCAGCAGUGUGUCUUAGGCUAUGGUGGUGUGGGGGGGGGGGGUCUCAAUAUUGUUCAUAUUGUCUCUGUACUGUGCCUUGCAAUGAGAGGUUCCACACUCUACAAAUACUACAAACUUUUAUCUGGAUAGAUCAGAUUAGGCCUCUGCAGCUAAAAGACGCCUACUGUUAUUAUUAUUAUCAUAUUAUAAUGAUGAUAAUAAUAAUAAUAAUAAUAAUAAUAAUAAUAAUAAUAAUAAUGAAGAAGAGAAUAAAAAAGAAAAGAAAAAGUGUCCUCCAAUAGGGGGGGUGGCCUACUGUUUACAAGAGUUUUGUGGUAGUAAUAGUUCUAGUUUACGACUGUUGGCUUACAAUUUACUUUUCCCUGUUCAUUUGAUAUGUAGACAACGUAAUAAAUAGAUGGAGGGGGGUGAAUCUGAUGAAAUCAGUUCAACUCUCUUUCAAAAUAUCAGGUAUUUCAUGGAAAUUACAUAAUCCAAUAUGGCCUGGUCUCAUUUACUUUUUGUCUCUAUCUCAAACCACUUUCAAGCCAGAGCCUCCUGAAAUUUAAAUGUCAAAAUCUAGUAUUUUUCAAAAUAAAACCCGGCGCCUAAAGGGUUAACAAUACACACAAUACAUUACUCUAAACUUUACAUUUAUUUACAACAUUUUUGUUAACUAGGACUAAUAAUGUCUGUUAAUGUUCUGUCCAAUGAAACUCACUUCAAUAAGGUUUAAUCAGUUGCUAAAUUCCUUAACAAAGAAGUGGACUCUUGUUUUGUAAUAUUGCAAACAGGAAACAUAGAGCAUGUUUUUCUCAUUAAUAAAGAAUUGACUGUUUAUUUUA